CAGGUGUGUCAUUGUUUGGAGUUGAAUUCGGAAGGUGGACGCUUAGUAUUGUUGACUCUUCAACCGCAUUCACUAGACUUCAGUAAACCUUCUGGAUUAAAGAAACAGACAUUCGAGACCGCAGUUAUCAGAAAGAAGCCGCUAUGAGUAAAGUUGCAAAGUUGUUUAAAGGGACUUCGAGUUCCUCUGGAGGGAAAUCGAGCUCAUCUGGAAGUAAAUCGAGCUCGAGCUCAAAGGGCAAGCAUCGGUCGCGCGCAGGCCCGACGCCUCAGGAGGCCAUUCACAAACUGCGCGAGACCGAGGAAAUGCUUAGCAAGAAACAGGAAUAUCUCGAGAAGAAAAUCGAGCAGGAAAUAACAGUUGCUAAGAAGAACGGCACGAAAAACAAAAGAGUUGCACUUCAGGCUCUGAAGAGGAAGAAGCGUCUUGAGCAACAGCUGAUUCAAAUUGAUGGGACGUUGUCCACCAUUGAGUUUCAGCGGGAGGCCCUAGAAAAUGCCAAUACAAACACAGAGGUCCUGAAAAACAUGAGCAUGGCUGCCAAAGCUAUCAAAGGAGUUCAUGAGAAGAUAGACAUGGGUAACAUUGACUCUCUCAUGGACGACAUUACAGAACAGCAGCAAAUAGCUCAGGAAAUCAGCGAAGCUAUUUCACAGCCUUUUGGUGAUCAGUUUGAUGAGGAUGAGUUAUUGGCUGAACUGGAAGAGCUAGAGCAGGAGGAUCUUGAGGAAAGUAUGAAAACCAUGGGCGGGCUGCCCAGUGUACCAGCAUCUAAACUGCCCAGCACAAGACCAAGUCAUCGUACGACAACUAAGAAAAGAGUGGAGGAAGAAGAUGACAUGAGGAUGUUAUCAGCCUGGGCUUCCUAGUCAACACUAAAUACACCUACACAGACAAGUUUGUAAGAAACAGGCAAAUCGUAAAAGGUUAAGGGACUACUAAUGGAAUAAUUAAAUAAUGAAAUUCCAAAUUCCCAAAUUUUGGGCAUGUACUGUUUAUUGUAAAAUCGAAGUAUCGGUUAACUGAAGGAAUGUAGAGUAGCUUGUAAAUAGCAUGUGAAUUAGAUGUCUAGUGAAUUCUUACUAUCACAUGUGGAAAUGGGCUAUAAAUAAAUGACAUGUAAAUAUAAUGAGACACCAGAAUCUGUGUAACAUGUAAUUAUUUAAUUCAGAUUUUUUGAAGUUAUUUUAUUUUGAUCAAAUUAUUUUCUUGUUUAUUUCAAUAAAGUCCAGUUAAAAAUUGUUUUAAA